UUUUGCGUGGUUUUAAAUUUCAUUUUUUCCUCCGUUGAAUGAGCGAGUGGUGUUUUUGUUCACCCGACUUUUUAUUAGUCUUUUUAUAAACCAAACAAGUGUUCACUGUUGCUCAAUUUUAACGGCGCUUAUCGCAAUUGAAUUUCUUGUUAUUUGUUGUUUAUUUUAUUUUUUUGUUUUCUAUAUAACUCGAUCCGUUGAUUUUAUUGGCGAUUUUUUGUGUUCUAAUGCAUUAUUGGCAAUAUUAUUCGGACUGGUAAACUCGUGAUUAAAUUGAUUCAAGUUGUAAAAAUAUUACUCCUUUUUUGUUUGCGUUUUAAUGAUUAAAAAACACUUACAAAACGUGCCUUUACACUGACGCAAGUAAUAAAACACUUUAUCGAACAUUGAUAAGAAACACAUAAAAAAAAACAGUAACAUAGACGAAAAAAAAGUACGAUAAAAAAAACUGAAACCUUUGAGCACGGACUACGGCAAAUAACUAUCCAAUUUGCAAAAAAAUUAAUUAAACUUUUGAGUGCUUCUUCAAAAACGUGUAUUUCAAGUGAUUUUGUUGUGAUCGUGUGUGUGUGUGUGAAUCUCAACGGAAUAUCGAAAUUUCAACAAAUUUCUAAAGAAUAUCCAGAAUCUCGCAUAAAAAACAUUUAACUUUUAUUUCCGUUAUUUAAUCAGCAUCAAAAUUCUCACCAUCGCCCGAAUACCACAAUUUGAUACGCCCGUCAUGGGCAUAUCAGAGGAGACCAAAAUCGAUGCAAUGUCGCAUGAUGCAUCGAAAAUGCUUGGCAAUGUGAUGGAGCGGCCAGGACCUCCGACCAGUGGCGGCACCAAUAGUCCAAUAUCCGAUCAAAACAGUGAUGGUGACAUGGACGAUUUUGCACCAAAACGUAAACAACGAAGAUAUCGUACCACAUUCACCAGUUUUCAAUUGGAAGAAUUGGAAAAGGCAUUUUCACGCACACAUUAUCCGGAUGUCUUUACAAGAGAGGAACUAGCAAUGAAAAUUGGACUAACAGAAGCGAGGAUACAGGUGUGGUUUCAAAAUCGUCGCGCAAAAUGGCGCAAGCAGGAAAAAGUUGGCCCUGCCGGGCAUCCUUACAACCCCUAUUUGCCAAGCGGGGCCCAGGUACCAUCGGCAACUGUUGUUGCAUCCGCAUUGCCACCAAAUCCAUUCACACAUUUGGGCUUUAAUUUGCGAAAACCAUUCGAUGCUAGUUUAGCCGCAUUUCGAUAUCCACACUUACCGGGCGCAUCGGUUUUGCCACCAGCAUAUCUACACCAAUUUCACAGAACGCCGCCGUCGCCAAUAUUGAGUUCCUUGCCACCUGGUGUAGGUGCAUUGUAUUCGCCGAGUGCAUCGUUCCAAUCGUUGCUUGCAAAUAUAUCAGCUGCUCAACAUUCGAGCGCAAUGGCAGCAUCGAAACCGCCGCCAUUUCAUGCGGCACAUGGUGAUUUUAUGAACAGCGCUGGAUCGCCACCGAUCUCGCCUCAAGGCCAUCCAUCGACAGCCACAAAUUUAACAACGACCACGGCAAAUAGCUCAAUCAGCAGUGGUGGCAGCGAUGGUGCCUCACCGACCGAUGAUCGAAGAAGUUCAUCGAUAGCCGCCCUUCGAUUGAAGGCACGCGAGCAUGAACUUCGUCUUGAGAUGCUCCGUCAAAACGGGCAUGCUCCCGAUAUUAUCAGUUGAAUUUUAUGGUAAAAAUUACGUAGAACAAUUUUGAUUAGUUUAAAUAACAAAACAAAGGAGAAACAUUUAAUAGUGCAAAUCACAUGCUUUUAUAAUAUUAUUAUAUUUCAUUCAGUUUUUCUCACACAAAAAAAAAGCGAAAACCGAAUUUAGAUUUAAUACCGAUACAUACUUGCAAAAUGAAUACAAAGUUAUUAUAGCUUGUAGCGUAGACUUAUUAUAAAUUUAUGAAUAGAGGUGUAUUUGCUUUUCUCUUUGUCGUUUUGGCAAAAAAACAAUUAUGCUUGAAUUGCUCAUUUAUUGCUAAAUAAAGUGGCGCACAGAAACAACAUUUGAUUUGUUUUUUUUUUUAGCAAAGAAAAUACUUUUUUUUGAGUAUACAAACAUGAAGUAUAUAUUAAUUAUGUAUAAAAAUGAAAUGAAUACUUUAAUAAUUUAUUCACGAAAAAGGAGACUUUGGUUAGAUUACAAUUACGAAUAGACAUGCACCAAUCUAGAUAGGAUUUUGAGACAAACAAAAACGCUAUAUACAAAUUAGCUAGUAAGUGGCAAUCGAACACUCACAAUUUAAAGUAACAAAAAUCAAAACAAAAUGUGAAUGAAUUCAAAAAGCUUUUUAAUAAAACACACAAA